GACAUUCCCACCACUGAAUCCGGCCAAGCGGUUGCUCAACACCGAAAUUGUUGGCCAAGAGAAGCGUUGUUGUUGCAGGAUAUCGCGCGGUCAAGUGUUUCCGAUACAGUAAAGAUUUGUAAAUAAAGCGAAUGAGACAAGCCAAAUCUAUGUGGAAAGACGUUCCAGGCUAGAAACGGUGUGCGGUUAAAAUAGUUCUUUCCCCAGCAUAACUACUGUGGUGAUUCGAAUGGUACCGGCCUGGUAAAUAAGCCCUGUUCGCGCGCUGAUAUGACAGACAAUUUUGAUCGGGCGCCCGGGGCGGGUCGGAACCGGUUGAAGGCUAACAGUCCCGGCCUCGGAGAGCAGGACGGCGGGCGGCUGCCAGAACCAGGCGACGGAGACGCCAAAGUAACGUUCUUCAAUCAUCGUGAACCGCUAAGACAGCCGCGGACGUCACCGCCUCUGGCGGACAGCAACAGUUCAACCGGAGCUGGAGGUGACAGACGAAUAACCAAAGCUUCACACUCGUCGCAGAGCUCCCGCAGCCCUGCAGCCCAGAAAGCGCAGGCCGGCAACUCCCUCGCAGUCAACUCCAGCCUCUCCGUCAACGCCCCGGAGUUCUACCCAAAGAAUUACACCCCUUACCAGGAUUUGCCGUACGAUGAUGGCUCGGACGGUUAUUACCCAGAAGCCACCCUGGCAGAGCUGGUGCAAGAGUAUCUCAAUCACCUGAACACCUCGCCCGCGUCUUUUGAGCUGGAGAUCGAGGCCAUUACCGCCAACCUUAACGCCUGGGUGAUCGCGGAGGAGACGCUGCGCGAGCUGGUGGAGCUCAUCUACAAGCAGUCAACGUCUGUCCCAAACUUCGCCUACACGGGGGCACGACUUUGCAACUACCUGUCGCAUCACCUGACUGUCAGCCCACCCUGCGGAAAUUUCCGGAAGGUACUUCUCGAAAGGUGCCAGACUGAGUAUGAGCAGCGGGCCCACGCGGUGCAGGCUGAUGACCUCACACAGAAACGCUUCCAUUCCUACGUGCUCUUCCUGGGAGAGCUUUACCUCAACCUGGAGGUUAAGAGCCGAAAGGGCCCGCCGUCCCGCGCGGAGAUCCUGCUCAGCGCGCUGAAGGACCUGGCGGACGCGCUCCUCUCCAACCCGGUGGACGGGAACCUCAUCUGCGCCGUGAAGCUGCUCAAGCUGACCGGCUCCAUUCUGGAAGACGCCUGGAAGGAGAGCGGGAAGUCGCACAUGGACCAGCUGAUCCAGCGGAUCGAGAACAUCGUCCUGGAUGCGUCCUGCAGCAGGGACGUGAAGCACAUGCUGCUCAGGCUGGUGGAGCUGCGCUCCAGCGACUGGGGCCGGGUCCGAGCCUCCGCCUCCUCCAGCGAAGCCACGCCCGACAACGACCCCAACUACUUUAUGAACGAGCCGACCUUCUACACCGCGGACGGCACACCCUUCACCGCCGCAGAUCCAGAAUACUCUGAAAAGUACCAGGAGAUCCUGGAUCGGGAAAACUAUUUCCCCGACUUUGAGGAAAAUGGGAAUGAGGAAUAUUCUGACGUGGAUGAUGAAAUGGACCCGGAGAUUGAAGAAGCGUUCGAAAAGUUUUGUUUGGAAUCAGAAAAAAGACGGAAAUGAAGCCAAGAGGAGGAAAUCUGAAGAGUAGACUAGCACAGAUAACUUUUUACGUUCAAUCUGCUGGAAUGUUCGCUGCUGUUUUCAAAAAAAAAAGAAAAAAGGAAGAAAAAAAA